AUGUGGGACAUUACCGAGCCUUUCAAGGCUUCUCAAGCUGCUGAAGCAGCAGAGGGUGAGGAGGCUUUGGUGUGUCUGGCAAUGGGCUGGCAGAGAAUGCAAAGUAGGACUGAGAAGGGUUUGCUGACUUCCUUGGGGGACAGCCACAGCCUGAAGGUCAGGAUUAUUGGAGGGGGACACCUUGGGAAGCAGCUGGCCCAAGAGCUCCUGAUGCUGAGCUGGGCUCUGUACCCCAGUAUCUGUUUUCCCACCAGACACCCUGAGAGCCUGGGCAAGUGCUCCCCAGCCUGGCAGAGCUGUAAGAAGCAGGGGCUCCUGUGAUUUUAUGACCACACUCAGCUGGUGGCCUGUGCAGAUGUUACAUUCCUCUGAUGCCUCCCAUCGCAUGUACUGUCUGUCUGCUCUGCUGUCUGGCCUGCCACCCAAACACCCUGUGUUGUGUUCAGCCUAGUCACUGCUGAUACCUCUCCUCAGGUAAAAUAG